AUGAAACGCCAAAAUGUUCGGACAUUGUCUCUGAUUGUGUGUACUUUGACGUAUUUGCUGGUCGGCGCCGCUGUUUUCGACGCCUUGGAGUCCGACAACGAAGUUCGACAGGUUCAUUUCAAAGAUACAUUUCUUGAAGUUGAUUUUCUGAUCAACCGAAUCUUCUUUUCCGAAAGCUUUACGUGCGCCUACAUAGGACAUGUACAAAACACUUGCUCAACUGCUGACUUGCUCCUUCAUAACUUCCUUUCAGUUGUCUCAAAUUUAAAUUAUUUAGUUUUUUUCUACAAAAAGAAAGUUAAGAUGAGAAAUAGAAAUAGAAAGAAAAAUAAAUUUAUUUUGUUUUGAAAAUUAUUUUUUGAAAAAUAUUGCAAAAUAUUUCAAAUUGUAUUGUUGGUUCCUACUAUCUCAUUUCUACACCCCGAGUGGUCGGUCUUUAUUUCCGUUUUCGCCUGAGAUUUAAUCCGACGGCUGUCAGCCCUGAACAAGCUGGGCGACGUACGCUCAACUUUCUAACUUUACUAUUGAAUGAAGGACAGAUGAUCUGCGAACCAUUCUCGGUCAACGCGAUCCCGCAAACCGAAGAUCAACUCUUCAUUCAUUCCAUGAUUCAGCAGAGAAUCUUCUCUGAAGACUGAAUAAAAAUUGUAAACUUGUUGCUCCCAAAGUUUGCUGUCGGAAGACAUCCGUUUAUAUUGCAAAUGAAGUCUUAUAUUUCAGAGAACGUUGGUAAAAAAAAUUCGAGACAGGCUGAUGAGUAAGUACAACAUGUCGGAAGCUGACUACGACGUUUUGGAGGUGAUAUUCUUUCCGAUUACGUUUUUCAAGAUUCCCUUCUAGGCAACCAUUGUUAAAAGCGUUCCUCACAAAGCAGGUUAUCAAUGGAAGUUCAGUGGAGCUCUCUACUUUGCAACUACCGUAAUCACGACCAUCGGUGCAGUGGAGAAAAAAUUCACAAGAACGGCUUUUUUGAAGGAUACGGUCACAGCACGCCGAUGACGACCGGCGGAAAGACUUUCUGUAUGUUCUACGCCUUGGCCGGCAUUCCGCUUGGCCUCGUCAUGUUUCAAAGCAUCGGUUCGUUAAUUUUCCUGCACUACUCAAGCAACACACGACAGAAAAAAACUCAACUUUCCAUUUUUUUUUGUCCUAGUUGGUUAUUAAUUCUCUAAAGUUGCUAUUGCAGGUGAGAGGAUGAACACAUUCGCAGCAAAACUACUGAGGUUCAUGAAGAGGGUAUGAACUAUUUUAUACCAGCAGAUUAAUAUAGGAAUGGUUUUCGAACAGAUGGCUGGCCGCCAGCCUGUGGUCACGCCGAUGGACUUGAUCUGGAUAGCUUCGGGUUGGGGUACCUUUUUGAUUGCCGCAGGUUUCUGGAGAAAGCGGGAGCCACAAUAUUUUCCAUUUUUCAGGAGCCUUUGCCUUUUCUAAAUACGAACAUUGGACCUACUUCGAUUCUCUUUAUUAUUGCUUUACAACACUUACCACUAUUGGUGAAAUAAUGGAAAGUUUUUGACACUUUAGUGGAACAUUCAGGAUUCGGCGAUUUCGUGGCUCUUCAGAAGAAUGGCGCUCUGCAAACGCAGCCAGAGUACGUAAUGUUCUCGUUGGUGUUCAUCAUCUUCGGAUUGACGGUCAUCUCCGCGGCGAUGAAUCUUUUGGUCCUGCGCUUUCUGACGAUGAACACAGAAGAUGAACGUCGCGACGAGCAGUUCGUUUCCACUCUUUAGACCAGAAUCAGCAGAAAUUCCGUUCAGAGAAGCGCUCCUGGCAUCUCAAGGAUUAGUCCGCGUUGGUCGAACUCCUGACGACAUGGACUCUGAUGGACAUCUCCCCAUUUCCGACAACGUUUCGGUUCGACUGCCUUUUCUUUUACUAAUCAGAAACGGUAUUUCUUUCCAGAUUGCUUCUUGUUCUUGUUAUCAACUCCCCUACGAGAACCUGCGACAAAGAGCAGCUCGGAACGGAAGUUCGCGUUCUAAGAAAACGUCUUCUCAGGCUCCCCAAGAUGUUUCCAAUAUUACUUUUAGUAGGUUUUGA